UAGCUGACAAGCUCUCAACCGAUGACCUGAACUCUCUGAUCGCUCAUGCUCAUCGUCGUAUUGACCAGCUGAACCGAGAGCUGGCAGAGCAGAAAGCCAUGGAGCAGCAGCACAUCGCGUUAGCCUUGGAAAAACACAAGUUGGAAGAGAAGCGGGCAUUUGACUCUGCAGUGGCAAAAGCCCUGGAACAUCGCAGAAGUGAAAUAGAAGCGGAACAGGAAAAAAAGGUCGAGGAGGUGAGGGAUGCCAUGGAGAAUGAAAUGAGAACCCAGCUUCGCCGCCAGGCAGCUGCCCACACUGAUCACUUACGGGAUGUCCUUAGGGUUCAAGAACAGGAACUAAAGAAUGAAUUUGAGCAGGACCUGUCUGAGAAGCUCUCUGAAAAAGAAUUAGAGUUCCGUCGUCUCAGCCAAGAGCAAGUUGACAACUUCACUCUGGAUAUAAACACUGCCUAUGCCAGAUUGAGAGGAAUUGAACAAGCUGUUCAGAGUCAUGCAGUUGCUGAAGAGGAAGCCAGGAAAGCCCACCAGCUGUGGCUUUCAGUGGAGGCACUGAAGUACAGCAUGAAGACCUCAUCUGCAGACACACCCACUGUGCCGCUGGGUAGUGCAGUGGAGGCCAUCCGAGCCAGCUGUUCUGAUAAUGAGUUUGCCCAGGCCCUGACCGCAGCCAUCCCUCCGGAGUCACUGACUCGUGGAGUGUACAGUGAAGAGACCCUGAGGGCACGUUUCUAUGCUGUUCAGAAACUGGCCCGACGGGUAGCGAUGAUUGAUGAAACCAGAAAUAGCUUAUAUCAGUACUUUCUCUCCUACUUGCAGUCCCUCCUCUUAUUCACACCUAAGCAGUUGAAGCCACCAGCGGAGCUGUAUCCUGAGGAUAUCAACACAUUCAAGUUACUGUCAUAUGCCUCCUACUGCAUUGAGCAUGGUGAUCUGGAGCUGGCAGCAAAGUUUGUCAACCAGCUCAAAGGGGAGUCCAGACGAGUGGCACAGGACUGGCUGAAGGAAGCCCGCAUGACCCUGGAAACUAAACAGAUAGUGGAAAUCCUGACAGCGUACGCCAGUGCCGUAGGAAUAGGGACCACCCAAGUGCAGCAAGAGUAAGGUCUGGGCAGUUUCAUGUCAGCAAUGUAUGAGGCAGGGGUCUAGGAAUGAGCAGGUUGAGUACUGUUCUAAAUGUUAACACCUGUUGCAUUUAUAAUCCUUCCACUUGCUAUCAUGUCCGUGAACUCCAGGAGUACUUUCUUUGCAACUUGUGUAACAUUUCCUGUUCUUCAGGUUUUACUGAUCAGGCUUGUAUGCCAAUCAAAAUAAUGUUUGUGAUCCCUACUAUUAUUGAUUUUGCCCUUGGAGCAAACUGAAUAAAGCAACAAGAUGAAAACUGA